AAAAGGGGAGACAUCUGAAGCCUGAAGCUGAGCAAGAAUGGCUGGGCUGUACGAGAAGCCGUCGGAGACGUACGCCAAGAAGCGUCCUCGGUACCCCAAGGAGUGGUUCUCCAUGCUGGCCGGCCUCACUGCCGGCCACCAGCGAGCUUGGGACGCGGGCUGCGGCAGCGGCCAGGCCGCCAUCAGCAUGGCGGAGCACUAUGAGAGCGUGGUGGCGACAGACGUGAGCGAGGGCCAGCUCCGGAACGCCAUCGCGCACCCCCGGGUGCGGUACGCCCACACCCCGGAGCACCUCUCGGAGGAGGAGCUCGUGGCCCUGGUCGGCGGCGAGGGCUCCCUGGACCUGAUCGUGGUGGCCACCUCCAUCCACUGGUUCGACAUCCCGCUCUUCUACGGCGUGGUGAACCGCGCCCUGAAGAAGCCCGGCGGCGUGCUCGCCGUGUGGGGCUACAACUACGAGAUCCACCCGUUCGAGGACGCGCUGCACGGGCAGCUCUACGCGGCCCUGCGGCCGUACCAGGACCCCCGGACCAGGCUCGCCAUGGAGCGGUACCGGACCCUGCCGUUCCCGUUCGAGCCCGUCGGGGUGGGCGCCGAGGGCGCGCCCGCCGACGUGGACAUGGAGGCGGAGAUGACGCUGGAGGACCUGGCCGGGUUCGUGAUGACCGGGUCGGUGGUGACCACGGCGAGGGAGAAGGGCGCCGGCGCGGAGAUGGAGGCGGUGGUGAGGGACGUGAUGAAGCGGGUGGAGGGGGAGUGGGGGGACGCGCCCACCGUGCCCAGGAAGCUCGCGUUCAAGGCGUUCAUGCUCGCCGGGAGGCCCAAGUGCUGAACUGAAACUGGUUGCUGAACUGCUGAUUGGUGAUCGCUGGUCAGUGCCUUUUCGUUUGUUCAUGGUCAGGAUUCAGGAAUAAGCGUUGCUUGUCAGCCAGAGUGAGACUGAGACUGAAAUUUCAGCUAGCCAGUCACUUGAGUAUGUGUCUCGAUCUGUAUUUUUGUUCUCUUCUGUCGAAUAAAGUCCGAGCAGAUGCUAGUAUGCUACGGCUAAUUACUUUGGGGAUUAUCAAUCCAUUUGUUGAAUUCGACAUGAA